UUCACCUAAGUAUGCGAUCAAUCAACACUCACAUCAAAGCACAUUUAUCAGCUCUACAGCCUCUACAAUUAAAUUUUAUAUACAAGUAUUUUGCUGUCCUCAAAAUGUCCGCGGAAAUCGAAGAAUUACUAAAACGCUACCAAAACUAUCCCAAUGUUGCUGGCAUAAUUAUUUUGGACCCGUUCGCUAUACCAAUCAAGACUACCAUGGAAUACACCUUGACGGUGCAUUACGCGGCUUUAAUCAGCACCUUAACUUAUAAGGCGGCCAAAAUGAUUUCAAAUUUAGAUGCUAGCAAUGAGCUAAUGACAAUACGCCUACGAACCAAAGUGCAUGAAGUGAUUGUGCUUCCGUCCGAGAACUACAUAAUUAUUGUGGUGCAAAAUCCAGGCACAUAAUUCAUUAUAAUAAACUAUGUACUACUCUUUUUUCUGACUUUA